AUGGCACAAAGCACCUCAGCAACUCUACCGGCCACGCAUCGCGCCCUCCGGCAAGAUAGGCGUUUCGAGCCUCUUUCCGUACAGGAAAUCCCCGUCCCGACCGCCAUUCCAGGCUCAGCGGUCCUCCGCGUCCAAGCCGCAGGCAUCCUCAGCUACAUGAAGCAGAUCUACAACGGAGAGCGCAACUACCCGUAUCCCGUCCCACUGACAGUCGGGUCGUCGGCCAUUGCACGUGUCGUCGCACUGGGUCCUGACGCCACUCGGCUCAAGGUCGGGGAUCUAUGUCUCUUGGACGUCACCAUGCGUGCCAGAGACGGGAAAGGCGACAUAUUCCUCAGCGCCAUCACUGAUGGUUUCACUCCCGGCAGUAAAAAGUUGAUGGCUGAAGGUGGGUAUCGUGAUGGGACUUAUGCCGAGUACGUGCGAUUCCCGUUGGAGAAUUGCUAUCGGCUUGAUGAGAGGAGGUUGCUGGGGUCGGUGGACCAAGGAGGUUUGGGUUACACGGUUGAGGAUCUCUUGUACAUCAGCAGGCUGCUGGUUCCGUAUGGCGGCAUGGGACCUUUGUGUAUCGAUGUCAAGCCGGGAGAGACAGUAGUCGUUGCACCCGCGACGGGUUCAUUUGGCGCCGCGGCUGUGCAUGUGGCUUUGGAGCUGGGUGCUGGAAAGGUCAUUGCAAUGGGGCGGAACACCACUGUGCUUGAGAGGGUGAAGGCACUGGAGACAGAAGACAAGAAGGAACGAAUCGUCACCGUUCCGCUAAGUGGAGUUCUGGAGAAAGACUUGAAGACUUUGGAAGAGGCCAAGAACGGUGGAGAUAUCGAUGUGUUCUUCGACAUAUCACCUCCUAUGGCAAAGGAUUCUGCUCAUAUCAAGGCUGGUGUCUUGUCUUUGUGCCAUGGGGGCAGAUUGUGUCUCAUGGGAGGUCUCCUAAACGAUCUUGCCCUCCCGCAUUCCAAAAUCAUGCACUUUGACCUGACCAUCAAGGGCAAGUGGAUGUUUGAGCGCGAGGAUGUGACGAGUUUCAUCAAAUUGGUGGAAAGUGGUACCAUGAGGUUGCAUAAUGAGAAACAAGAAUGGCACAUGUAUGGAAAUCAAUAUUCCAAGAAGUAUGAUUUGGAAGACUGGGCCGAGGCUUUUGACGAAGCAGAGAAGGUCGCGAGUGAGGGUCGUGUUUAUUUUGCGUCAUGA